CAAUCCACAGUCCACGAUUAACCUUAUCUUGCAGUCCGAAAUCUGCACUUUUCUGAGACAAACCACCACGGGUAAGUGGUCCAAAUGGAAGAGGGAGACGAUUUGUCCGAAUUCCUCAGUUUGCUGGAGGAAGACUGCGAGGCAGAAGACGCAAAAGCCUCGCCGAAAAUCAACACCUCGCAAGCAGUGCCGGCCUACAGGGAGAUUACAGAUCCGGAUUCCUUUUUGCGACCACGCGAAGACACCGGGCCGUCCCAGAUUCACGCCGGAGACACCGAUUCCUCGGACGAUGAGGACAACCGCAAUUUCCAGGAGCAGAACCUGACGCCCUUCGGCCGGGAUGUCAAAAAGUUGAUGACCGCGCACAGUGAAGCUUCUGAGGGCGGCAAGAAGCAAUUUUCUCUGAGCGGACUUAAAGGCCUGGGGACCAAGACUGAGCAGAAUGACCCCAAGGUCAACUUGAGCCGAAAACAGGCCAAUCCUGUGAACAACAGUCUUCGUAACGCGAAGACUGUCUCGGGACUGACCGGUCUGCCCUUGAAGGCUGAAGACAGAAACUGUUUUUUGGAGCCGAUUUCUGGGAUUCGAGUUGUAAACCCGCUUGUGACCCAGGAAUUUAUUUCUGAGAGGACUGAAGGCCGACAAACUGUUUCCUGUUCCAUGGUGAAGAGGAAAUACGAGUCGAAAGCAUUGCAAGAAGACUGGCUGACAACAGGUGUCAUUGUUGGCACAACAAAGAGGAUUUCCCAAAAGUCUAAGGAGUAUUUGAUUUGGACAAUCAGUGAUCUCAAGCAAGACCUGGCUACAGUGACUGUCUUCCUUUUUUCAAGUGCAAACACCAAGUUCACUCAACUUCCUAAAGGAACUGUGAUUGGAAUUCUUAGUCCGAAUAUCUUGCCUCCAAACUCUUCAAAAUAUGAUUUAAUUCUAAGCGUCAACGAUGCUCAGCGAGUGCUAGUGAUUGGAAGCUCAAAGGAUUAUGGAAUUUGCAAAUCCAAGACAGCCAAAAAUGAGCCUUGCGCAAAUUUUGUGAACGCAACCAUCUGCCCGUACUGCUCGUACCAUCUUAGUAAGGAAUACAAACGCCACUCCGGCAAACCGACAGCGCCAAACUCUGCCCUGAUGUCCAAGGUGCUUGGCAAGAGCGAGGUUUUCUACGGAGGAAAGUCUUUCUCUGCCAAAAUGCUGCCUCCCAAGAAGAUUGCCCGUGAGCAUCUAUCCCAACUGUCACUCCCUCAGCCAACAAACAAGAAAAUCCAAGCGAGAGACCAGCUGCGUCUGCAGUCUCUCUAUGGAGACGAAACGCCACCGUCUCAAAAAAUCGUAUCCGUUAGUCCUGAGAUCAUCAUGCCCAGAAACCCAACUCGAGCCACUCGCAUUAUGAACAACAUGAAACAUGCCACGGCUCUAGCUGCGAGAAAAACGCCUCAAACACCAGGCAGUGUUUCCAAGCUGACGGGCAUCCUGGGAAAGAAGGCUCCUCAAAGCCCGGCUGUAGCUACUCCAAGUCCGAGCUCAGCCAAAAAUACUGCAAGAAAUACGCCUGACUUGUCAAAUUUUGGAGUGAAGCGAUCAACUCCGACAAAUGCGCUCAAUUCGUCCAAAAGCCAAGCAAGUCACGAUAAAAGUCUGGACGCGGCGAGGAGCAGGGAUAAACAGUCAAAUUUAAAUUCAACCCCGCCUCCAGCCAAGAAGGUUGAUUUGUCAGGACUGGGAAGACCAACGCUUGGAAAGUUCAACACUUUGGAUUUGGGCGUGUUGGGCAGGAAACCUCUUCUCAACAGUCAGGAGCGUGCCAAGCUUCAAGCUUUAGAGCUGGUACGAAAGAAGGGACCCCUCAAGAAGGAAGACCCGAACAAAGUGAAAAAAGCCGCCUCUUCAUCAAAAGUCGCUUCUACACUCAAGAGAAAAAGUCCCUCCACUGGAGAAAUGGAUAAAGAUGCACAGGAGAGAGCCGAGUUUGAGAAGAAGAAAGCAAGGUUCCUUGCCAUGAUUGAAACUGGCUCGCAACACCAGGAUUUGAUCGAGAGCGCGCACGAAGAAGCCGAGCAAAAAUAUUUCCAGAACAUGGAGGUUAAGGAGAAAAUUGAGGACAAAAUGCUAAACACUCACAAGAUCGAGGCUAAAGCUGUCAGAUGCACUCAGUGCGAUUACUUGUCUCUCGCAAGAAGUGACUUCUGCCGCAAACAAGGCCACCAGGUCAAAAUCAUCCAAACGCACAAACGCUUCUUCCAGUGCAAAGGCUGCAAAAAUCACAUCUGGGUGCUGGAGUUGGUGCCAACAAAGGCCUGCUCCAACUGCGGAGACAACCACUGGCAAAAGGCUGGCAUGAUCAAGGACAAAAACGCCAAAUUUGAGACUCUUCGCAUCACUGCCGGCGAUCGGGAAGUCUACAAUCCAGCCAACAUGAAUUGUUUGGUGCCAGACUAAUCAACUAACAAUAAGGUCAGCUUUUAAUAAUAACGGUCAUCAUCAAAUGAUAAAACUGUUUAUUUUCUAUAAACUUGAGGAUUUAAUCUACAAAAUCAU